CCUACAACAUGAUUACUGCUCUACUUGUCUCACCACUGGUGUAACGUCGGACUCUGCUUUCACAGUAGAACCACAGGAGCAAAAUUCACAAGAAUUCGUCGUUGAAGGCUCAUUUCCUCUGCUGCUUGUACCCCAGUCUAUCACAGACCGGUCUAAUAUCAGCUAUUCGGUCCGGGUCCUGGGUCGCUCUCUUGUUAAGUUGCUACGAGGACACGGAGGCUGAAGUGACAUUUUGCUACGUUAACGUUAAUUCAUUCACCCACAACAACAACAAUGGCAGCGCAGGAUUUUAAUUUCUUGCUUGCGACGGAUUCUUACAAGAUCACACACUACAAACAGUAUCCACCUAACGUCAGCAAAAUCUACUCCUACUUUGAAUGCAGACGCAAGAAAGGUUCCCAGUUCAAUGAAGUGGUGUUCUUCGGUCUUCAGUACCUGCUGAAGAAGUACCUCACAGGGCCUGUGGUCACAGAGGAGAAGAUUCAGGAAGCCAAGCUCUUCUACCAGAUGCACUUCAAACAAGCUGUGUUCGAUGAGGAAAGCUGGAGGAAAGUUCUCGAGAAACAUGAUGGCCGUCUCCCUAUCCGGAUCAAAGCUGUCCCUGAGGGCAGGAUCAUACCAAGAGGAAACGUGCUCUUCACUGUGGAGAACACGGACCCCAACUUCUACUGGCUCACCAACUACAUUGAGACCAUGCUGGUUCAGAUGUGGUAUCCCAUCACGGUAGCCACCGUUUCCAGGGAGUUUAAGAAGAUCCUGGCCAAGCACCUGAAGGCCACGUCAGGGAGCCUGGAAGGCCUGGACCUGAAACUGCACGACUUUGGCUACAGAGGAGUCUCCUCACAGGAGUCUGCAGCACUAGGUGGAGCAGCUCACCUGGUUAAUUUCUGCAGUACAGACACAGUGGCUGGGCUGCUGAUGGCUCAGAGGUAUUAUGGCUGCCCAAUGGCUGGCUUCUCCAUCCCAGCAGCAGAGCACAGCACCAUCAUCUCCUGGGGGAGGAGCAGGGAGAAGGAGGCAUUUGAGCGAGUCCUAGACCAGUUCUCCUCUGGACCAGUCUCUGUGGUCAGCGACAGCUACGACAUCUUUAACGCCUGUAAACACAUCUGGGGAGACAAACUGAAGGAGCGAGUCAUGGAGCGCAGUCAGGACUCCUGUCUGGUCAUCAGGCCAGACUCUGGAGAUCCCGCAGAGACUCUUGUUGAGGUUAUCAAGAUUUUAGAAGAGUGUUUUGGCUGUUCUCUGAACUCGGUUGGAUACAAGGUGCUGCCAUCGUACCUGCGAAUAAUCCAAGGAGACGGCAUCGACCUCAGCUCAGUGGACGAGAUUCUCCAGAAGCUGAGUGAUGAAGGCUGGAGUGCUGAGAACGUCUUCUUUGGAUGUGGCAGCGCUUUACUUCAGAAACUCAACAGAGAUACACUCAGCUGUGCCUUCAAGUGCAGCUACGUGGAGACUAAUGGCAAGGGGAUGGAUGUAUACAAGCAGCCAGUGACUGACCCAUCCAAGAGGUCAAAGAGGGGACGGCUAUCACUGAGGAGAAACUCUGAUGGCUUCUUAGAGACAGUGGAAAGAGGAGCAGGAAAACCUGAGGAGGACCUGCUGGUGACUGUGUUUGAGAAUGGCAGCCUGGUGCAGGACUACUCCCUGGAAGAGAUCAGGAAGAAUGCUAGGCUGCGCGACGAGGACCUGAAUCCAACCCUGCACAACCACGAACAGGAGCUGCUGCACAACCACAUCAUCAACGGGAUCCAUUAGCUGCUCCACAGCCUCUCGCCACCAUGCAAACGACACUUCAGUGUUUAACAGGGUGCACUGGAAUCAAGACUGCAGUGUUUCAGAAAGGCACCCUUCUAAGUAUAAACUGAACACGUUGAAGGGGAGUGAAAAGCAUUCACCACCAAGCACUACCACACCCCACCCCCACCACUCUGCCACUUCAUCCUGAGGAGCCCAUUGAUUAUAGGUAGAUUAGCUUCUUUCACUUUCACUAGCCAAACACUCACAGCACAUCCUCAGUGGCCAGAGAGUCACUCUGCCCGGCAUGGCCGUGACCAGAACUGAAGCUCAGGGUCAAAUACAAUAAGCUACAUUAGUUUUUCGUCUUUUAUUUUUUGAUUUAAAGACACUUCCUGAAUUUGUAGUUUCAAUUGAACUCCACAACAUAAUUGGGGAGCAUAUUCUUUAGAGAUAUUUUCAUUGCUGAUGUGCAGUAUCUGAGCAAUUUCAGGCCAAAAAUUUCUUUAACUUCCAAAUAUUCCAAGCUUCCAUUAGAUUUCUUUUUCUAUUAGAGUAGAAAAAUCUUUGAAGCAGCACUUUAGACACAACAAUUUAUGAAUAAAUAGUUACAGUAUUGCUGAUUAUUGUAUUAGUGGUACAUCAUUAGCUGUGGGUUACACUGCUGCUACACUGCUUGGUACAUAGUAUUUCAGCAGAGCAGUAUGUUGCUGCAGCCUUACCUGCUGCCAUUUAGUUAGUUUUUGUUCUUUGACAAGUUACCAGUCACAUAGAUUUAAUUUGCUUGCUUAAUGAAGAUCCAGCCUCUAACAAGCAUAGCAGACUUCAGAUAUGAAAGGGAAAUACAAACCAUAUGCACAAUUUAAUAUCACAACAGUGACCAGUAAUGAUAAAUAAAUAAAUCACUUUGUGUUGUGCUGCCACAGUUUGGUAAAAAAAAAAAGCUAAAUCAGUGAAACUAAACCUGUUGUUUCUGAUCCCAGUGACCCACAAAGCACAGUCCAUGGAAACCCAGAGUAGUCAAUAUUUGAUAAUUUAAAAAUACAUUAAAUAAUCAUCAAUAAUUAAACAAUAUAAAUAAAUGAAUAAUAAUUAAAUAAUAAAUGAUUAAUCAUAUGAAUAACCUGCUUUGUAAAAUAAUUGAAGUAAUUAUUGAAACUCAAGUCACUUUUAUGAACUAUUAUUUCAUCAUUAAUUUUUGUAAUAACAUUUAUUUCAUUUUAUUUAAUAAUAGAUCUUUUCAUAACAGUGAUGCUGGGAACAGUCACUUCCUCACGUACCCCCUGCUUCUCUUCUGUUAGUGAGCUAAGCUGCUGCUAUCAAAUGUAGCUAGUAGCUAGGUCAACGAUAAUGUCAACGUAAUUAUGAAUCAACCAACAAAAGGUUUCUGCUGUGAAUAAGCAACACAGACACAGUAACUACAAGGCUGCUCGGGCCAAAGGAGCCACUGUUAGCGGUGAUAGCUAACACUGCUAACAGUGCUCCUGUUGGCUUGAGCAGCCACAUAUAUAAACGGAGAUGUUCAUUUCAGUGACUUUAUACUGUAUUAAUUAACAGUAGUAGCUGGACAGCUGAUUCAGAGCACCUGGACAUUGUUGUUGCUCAUGCCAACAGGAAACAACAGGCUAAUUCUGCCAGCUAUUGCUUAGCUUACUUGCUGUGAUUGGCUGAAAUGAGAGAGGGUGGUGACAACAUCACUGUCAAGAAAAGUGUCAUGAAAAAAACAAAUUUCUAUAAAAAAAUAAAUGAAGAAAUAACAUUUUAUAACAAUGAGCUAAGUUUUAAUGAUUUCUUGAAGGAUUUCACAAAUUAUUGUUUCACAAUUUAUUCAUCUGACUCUUAUAAUUAUUUAAUAUUGAUCACUUUGAAGCUCCAUAUAUUCCUUAAUUAUUAAGUCUUAUGAUCAAUUCUGCUGGAGUCCAGAUUGUGAGUUUAAAUCACUGCUUUCCAACCGUUGUGGCUUUGACCGUUUAAAGUGAAGCUGUGUUUCCAGAGGACUGUGGAGGUAUUUGACCUAAUUCACUUUCCAUAAAUCAAAGCAAAUAGUGACUUUGAAGUUUUCUCUUAACUGGAAUUGAUGGAGGUGUAGACACAUUCUUGUUUUCCUGUUUCCAUUUAAACACUUGAACUGCUAUAUUUGCUAAUGUCUUCUGUUUUGGUGAGAUACAAUAGGACAUAUAUGAUAGUAUUUGUUACAUAAUUAAGGAAUAUUAUAACAGUAACUGUUGCACUGAUUUGACAGACGUAUACUGAAAUGAAGUUGCAGUGAACAUGGCUCAUUCAGUCAUCAUCUGUAGUAGAGACAGCACACUGCUGUAUGUGCUGUGGAAAGACUGCUGCUAUAAUAACACACAGUGAGGCACAUCGCACUGCUCUCUCAUGUUCACACAGAACUGAUGCUUCCUCUGUCAUGUGUCAUUUCAACUUGUGUUGAUUAUUCUUCCGUCACGUGAUCGUAAUGGAGAUGUGAUGGUUCACGGCUCUCACACCUAAAUCCAUGUGAUCAAUAAAUGUAAAAUUAGA